AUGGAGCGGCCGGGGAGCAACGGGAGCUGCCCGGGCUGCCGGCUGGAGGGGGGCCCGGCGGCGGGGGCCGCCACGGGCCUGGCGGCCGUGCUUAUCUUCACCAUCGUGGUGGACGUGCUGGGCAACGCGCUGGUCAUCCUGUCCGUGCUGCGGAACAAGAAGCUCCGCAACGCCGGCAACAUCUUUGUCGUCAGUUUGUCCGUCGCAGACCUUGUGGUUGCAGUUUAUCCAUACCCUCUGAUCUUGAGUGCCAUCUUCCAUAAUGGAUGGACCAUGGGAAAUGUCCACUGCCAGAUAAGCGGGUUCCUGAUGGGCUUAAGUGUCAUCGGGUCCAUUUUCAACAUCACGGCGAUCGCAAUCAACCGCUAUUGCUACAUCUGCCACAGCCUUCGUACGACCCCCGGAUUUACUCCUGCACCUUUGCCCAGACGGCUCCGAAGUAACAGCCAGCAAGUAUUUGAACCAAACCAAGUCCAAAGAGGUCCCAAACAGGCAAGCUGUGAGAGUCCCUGCUACACCUGGUAGGAAGGGGAGCAGCAGGAGGGUGGUAGGUCAUCUCUCCAGGACUCACAGAGAGUCACUGAACCAAACUAUGCAAAAUGGUAGUGGAAUCUGCUCAUCUUCUGCUGUUGGGUCUGAGCCCAACUCCUGCCCAGGUCUCCACAGGGCACAGGCUCAGUCCCUGCUGUGCUGGGGUGGAUCUGAGCAGCUCCCUGAACGUGCAGGCCCUGCUACCACUGCAGGGUGGGGAUGAGUCUGUGAUGGGCACUGUCCAUCUGACAGCACAAAGAGCCCUGGCAUGACCUGUUCAGAAGGGCUCUGGGUGGCCCAGUAAAGGUGCCCAGAGCCGGGCUGAUGCAACCACCAUGGUUGGAGUCCUGAGCUCAGUCUUGCUGGAGCUGAGGUUUGCAAUAUGAACCAUGAAAAGCAGGGAACAUGGCCUCGAACACUGUGCCAUUUGCUAGCACUUUGAUAGAGGCAGCACUUAGGAUAGGAUAGAGUUUUAUAUUGACUUAUUUAAAAACUACCCAAGCAGCUCCUUAUUUUUAUGUUAAGAAAUGGUUAACAGGGUACAGAGAAUUUAUUUUUGUUAACAGUUGUUUACAGAAAAAGGGAAGUGUGUUAUAACAGGGAAUCCUGAGCAGUGUCACAGUUUACCUGUGGGAAUCUAGCUUUAAUCCAAAUUUGAGAUUUCAAGGGGAUCCCACCGCUUAAAUCAUGCUCUGACAAUUCCACCUGCUGCAUACCUGGCCUUAACUCUCUCUGAGAUCUCACAUAAAGUGAUUUCAAAUCACUUGCUCUAGAUUUGACCUGGUGGUGUUGAAUACCUAUUCUAGCCCCAAACUCUAAGAUUGUUGUAGUGGAAACUUGUGGAGAGUCAGUAGUGCUGUGAAAGAAGAUGAUUCUCUUGCCAUGAAGAAAUAUUUUUGGAUAUUGCUAAUGAAUGUUGUUUAAUCUAUUUAAGAAGAAUGUAACCAAUAUAUUUAUAUAUAAAUGUGUAUUGCAUAUGCUGUUUCCAUUUUAUUGUUUAAUUAAGAAUCAUUCAGUAUACUUUCCUAUUGCUAUUUUUGUUGAUAAAGUAGAUUCAUUCCCUUUACUUGUUAAAACUGUAAUAAAUCUGCCAUUGGACUGCUUAUUGAUAUUUCUUUUCCACUUGCAGUUAUUUUUUAAUAAAUAUUUGGAACAACAGCUUGGGUUUUGUUGACUCCCACAAAGCAGAUUGAAUUGACAAAUGAGUUCAGAUAUAACUCAGCUGUCCAGCUUAGACCUGGAAGUGAAUGACCCAGAACAUCUGAGACACAUCCUUGGAUUCACGUGUUUUCUUCCACCUGCUGUGAGCCAGCUGCCUGCUGCACCCUGGCCUUCCUCAUCAGGGAAGAAACUUUCUCUGUGCUGCUGUUGGUCUCCUCGCUGUGUGUCCCUCCAAGGCCCUUUGCCUUUCUUGUGCCCAUGUGUAUCCACCGGGUGCUGUGGAAGCAGAGUUUGUCACAGCCAUUUCCUUGCCCUUUCCUGGGAAGGAAAGCAUGGCCAAGCUGUGAACAGGAGGGUGUGAGAGCCAGGGUGGUCACAAGCUGGGGCACAAGGUGGCAUUGGGUUGUAGGCAAGGGGUGGAGACAGGGAGUCACCCUGGGCUGGAGGCACAGUGAGGGCUGACACGCACUUUCUCCAUUCAGGAGCUUUGUGAGCAUGAAGACUGCUGUAUCCAAGAUGUUCUAUCUGUGUUCUUUCCCCACCUCUGUUUUUGGGCAGAUUUUGCUGUAUUCAUGCAGUUCUUCAGCCAACAGGUUCUGUCCAUAGGCUACACCAAUUAUAUUUCCAUGCUGACUUGACUGGAGCUGGUUUUUGGGGAGUCUCAGCGCUGCUUCCGAAGCGGGGAAGAUGGGAGAAUGGAGUCAUCCAGUUGUAACUGCAACCUGAGCUCCUGUUUCCUAACCAGAUGUCACAUGUAACUGUGGUGUUAGGGUAGUAAAGGCUGAGAUUAUCUACUAAAGAGUUGCUGAAAAACCAUGGAGCAGACGUGUUGAAUGAACAGGCAGUGUUCAUUCAGUGACAUCCCAGAGCAGUACUGCUACUUUUUUUGCUAAUCUUUUCCAACAGGCACUGGACUUCACCUGCUGCUUCCACAGUAAAGCCUGCAAUGCUCGGUGAUGGGACACACUGUUAAUUAUAGUUGCAGAUGCCAAAAUGUCUGUCUGAGCAGAGCUGCUAGAAAACCCUUGCACAGACUUGUACCUGCUGUUUCUGCCACAUGGAACCGAAUGAAUCAAACUGUCAGAAGCGAGGCAGUGUUAUUUAUUUACUUACUUGCCACAAAGUAAUAGUAACAGGGAGAUAAGAUAGAGCUAUAAAAGGCAAGAGGUGUGAUAAUUCAAUACCAGGAUAAAGUCUCACUCAUGGUGACUAUUUGGAAGUCAAUAUUUGUUCUAAUGUAUUUCCUUCCAAGCUUAUAAUUUAUAACAUGAAGUCACUCAAUAAAGAGCUACUGCAUAUGUAUUUAGAAUUUUAUUGGAAAAAUGUAAAUUACUGGACCUAAUGCAGUAUUUCUUAGCAUAAAAACCCUGAGAUAAGAAAUGCAGAAUGGGUUCUUGCAAGAACUCUGUGAUGGGAUAUGCAAAUUUUUUUUGCUGGUGAUAAGAACCAUAACAUUUGUAUCUCUCAUGAACUACAGUUGUGAAGGGAAGCUGCAUAAUAUUGUUAACUGAAUUUUCACUUUGUAAUGCUUGUUUAUAGUAUCCAUUAUUCAUGUACUAUAAGUAAUGCACUGUACAGCAGAGAUAGAAUUUAGAGUCCGUGGUCAGUUUCCAGAGCAACCAGGUGGGUCUGAACCAUUAACUGAAAUAUGUUUCUAUGUUUUCUGCCAAGCAUGGUCUCCUGAUAAGGUUUUUAGCUCAACUGAUUGCUUCUAAGAGGUCAGGGAAACUUUAAUGUCUUUUAGAUUAGUUGCAAUGUCUGUGCAGUCACAGCUUGCUUAGAUUACCUUUUAAAUAGACUUGAGUCAUCAAACCAUUUUAUAAGUCUGUCCAGUUGGAGCACAUAAUUUAUUUUGUAUCUAGAUAUU